AUGUCAGUGAUGAGAAUGCUGCAGUCCUUGAACGCCCUCAGCUGCAGAGUCUUGUUGGUGCUUUUCAUCUCUACCGCAGCCGGCAUUUCCGUUGCUGAGCUUCCGCCAUGUUCAGUACUUCGUCAAGAAGCUCCCCACCCCUGCCGUCCGCCGGCAGAAUCGUUCUUGAGUGCACAAAAUGACGCCGCGCCUUGCUGCCGCGACCCGAGGAUAUUAGAGGACGCUUACAGCGCCCUUGCAGUCUUGCAAAAUGUCUACUACGAGGCCACGAAUGGCACAUGGCCUACGUCUAUCGAUUGGACAGGUGCCGUGGUUGAAACCAUCAUAUCUGGCAUGCUAAGUACGAUGACCAAGGCGCUUGAUUCAGUGGAAGACGAAUACGUCUGGACCCAGAAAGAAGACUUGAUAUCCACCUUGUAUUCCCACGUCACUCAUUCCUUCUUUGGGCAAAACGCGACUGGUAUUCUUGAUCAGGCAUACGACGAUAUCUUAUGGGUCGUUCUCGGCUGGGUCGAGGCCAUCAAGUUUGUGCGUCUCCAUUCCUCGCUUCACCAUCCCGGCAGACACCAAAAGUGCUUGGACCUUCCUGAAAAACUCGCAUCAGCUCUCCGUAACGCUCCUUGGCAUGGGUCCAGCUGGGUUUGCGCGUUUGCUGAGAGAGCUCGUGCGUUCUGGGAUUUCGCCAUCACCGGCUGGGACACUAAGCUUUGCCACGGCGGGAUGAACUGGAACCCCAGGCUUGUCCCAUACAAAAAUGCCAUUACCAAUGAGCUCUGGAUCUCCGCAUCCAUCUCAAUGUACGAAUACUUUUCCAACGACAAGUUUAACGAAACGUGCCUUUCUAGCAAAGGUUUCCCGACCAACGAUCAAGCGUAUUUGACUGCCGCCCUCGUCGCAUAUCAGUGGCUCAAGGAGGUCAACAUGACCAACAGUCAAGGGCUGUACGCUGACGGAUUCCACGUCGACAUGGGGAAGCCCGGCAAUGUGGAAUGUGACCAACGCGAUGAGAUGGUGUACACCUACAACCAAGGUGUGGUCUUGACCGGCCAGCGAGGUUUGUUCAAAGUGACUGGUGAUCCGUCCUAUUUGGAGCAAGGCCAUCUCCUCAUUCAAAACGUCAUCAACUCUACCGGGUGGGACUUGGGUAAAAACGCCCCCAUGGACGAUGUUGACGAACCCAACCACGGCAAACUGCCCCCGUGGCGAGGUCUUGGACGAUACGGCAUCCUCGAAGAGCAAUGCGAUGCAGGCGGCACAUGCUCGCAAGACGGCCAGGCCUUCAAGGGCAUCUUCUUCCACCACUUUACAGCAUUCUGCGACCCACUAGACGCUCAAGCAUUCCCUAACUACGCAAAGUUCAACCAAAGCGAGUACAGCAAGGUGAAGGCUGCGCAUGAAAAGGCAUGCCGUGCUUAUCUAGGCUGGACCAAGCACAAUGCGGAUGCGGCACUUGGCACUCGAGACAGCAUGGGCCGGUUUGGUAUGUGGUGGGGAGCCAGCAUCUUUCGUCGCGUCGAGGCGACUCCUGACACGGAUGGAAUCAACCACACGGCCCCCAACGCUACAGAUUACCGGAACAGAGGCACGCCACUGGAUUCCGUAUGGGGUCCCAGAGCUGCGUGGCAGCCCGGAUCGAAAAACCUGCUAGGCCCCUGCACGAAUCCAUCGCCUGGACCCGAAUCGAGCAUCAGGGGUUGCGGGGUCUCUCCAACGGCCAGACCUUUAGGCUUGCAGAUUUUAUGCAGUCAGUCGAGUAUGCAGGCGGGAGAUGCGAAUGAUCGCGGCAGAGGCAGAACGGUAGAAACUCAAGCGGGGGGGUUGGCUCUAUUACGGGCGUAUUGGGAGUUGUCCCAAAGAGCUUUCCCCCACAAAGCUGUCCUGUGUCCAGAAAUGCAGCAGAUCAAAGUCGGAUCAUCUCUCGAGUCCUCAUUGUACAUGGGCGUGGCUGUAGUGACGGCAAUAUCCUGUCCCCCAUGGAGGCGGAUUCCAGAACAGAGCGAGGAAAAUCACACCCCGGACGCAGCAGAGCCAAAGGAAGCAUGUGCCACCAUCGAUGGCCUCGAAGCCUUUUGA